AUGUCUGACGUCGACGCACUUGCUGACACCGUGGCUGCGACCACCCUCAACGAUAAGCCCGAAAUCAACGGUGCUACCCCUUCCACCCAGGCUGCCGAUGCCGCGGCUGCCAGUGCAGAUGAGGGUCGUCGUCUUUACAUCGGGAACCUCGCAUACGCGACCACUGAGGAGGAGCUCAAGGAGUUCUUCAAGACCUACACCAUCGAGACCACCUCGAUCCCGGUGAACCCCCGCACCAACCGCCCCGUUGGCUAUGCCUUUGUGGAUAUUGCUACUGCCGUUGAAGCUUCUGCCGCUAUCGAGGCCCUCUCUGGCAAGGAGAUUCUUCAGCGCAAGGUGUCCGUCCAGCUUGCCCGCAAGCCCGAGCCCGUCGAGGCCAAGGAAGGUGCUGCCAGUGGCGGUGAGGGUGCCAGUGGUGCCGAGGGUCGCAAGCGUGCUGGUGGUCGCGGCCGUGGCCGUGGCCGUGCCCGCGGUCGUGGUGGUCGUACCGGCCGUAGCCGUGCUGCCCAGGAUGGCCAGGAAGCCACCGAGGCCCCUGUCAGCGAGACUCCCCUUGCUGACACCACAAACGAGAAGGAUACUGCCUCCAAGGCUGGUGAGACUCGCGCCGCACGUCCCCAGAAGCAGCGCGGUCCUCCCGAGGAUGGCAUUCCUUCUAAGACUAAGGUCAUGGUUGCUAACCUGCCGUACGACUUGACUGAGGACAAGCUCAAGGAGAUCUUCGCCGUCUACGAGCCUGUCUCUGCCAAGGUCGCCCUGCGUCCCAUCCCCCGCUUCAUGAUCAAGAAGCUGCAGGCUCGUAACGAGCGCCGCAAGACCCGUGGCUUUGGCUUCGUCAACCUUGCCUCGGAGGAGCUCCAGGCUAAGGCCGUCAGCGAGAUGAACGGCAAGGACAUUGAUGGUCGCGUCAUCGCUGUGAAGGUUGCCAUCGACAGCCCCGGUAAGGAAGAUGAUGACAUUAACGCUGUGGCCGAGACCGAGGAGACUGCCGCUCCUGCUGCUGCUGCUGCUCCCGCAGCUCCCGCCGCUCCUGCUCCUGCUCAGGAGAACGCUGCUCCUGCCGUCACCACUAAGGCUUAA